AUGAAGGUUCCAUACAACUGCUUAGAACCCGCGGGUAACGUGGUCUUCGCCGCCAGGGGUGGAAAGAUUCGCUCAUUCAGUCUCGAAGAUGGCGCUCACAUCUCAACAUGGGAGCAUCCUGACGUCGAAAAGGCUGCUGCCGCUGCUGCAUCGGCUGCUGCUGCCAAAGUUGGUAUUGAGGUGAGCUCUGGUGUUCCUACACCUUCGACUCCAGCCAACGACGAGGAUGGGCCUCCUCCCAAACGUCAAAGGGUCGAGAGCGCCGAGGAGGAUAAGACGGAGGCCGUGGAGGAAGCCAAGGAUGCCGAUGCCAUGGUUAUCGACAGUGAACCUCAGAAGAUUGGAUAUCAGAAAAGAGAUAGGAGAAAGGGAAACAAGCAGACGAGGCGGAAUAACCGGGACGGCCAGCAAAACAACCGCGGCACGGCGUUUGCGAGAGUCCCAGAAUACCCCGUCAUCACCAUCAUGACGACCACCAGCAACGGAAGUCACUUAUUGGCCAUCUCGGGUCACGACAAGUCUCUCUGGGUCUUUGAGCACGAUGGCAAAGGAAACCUGACGGAGUUGAGCCAGAGGUACGUUGCCCGACUUACACCGUCAUAUACAUUAGCCUUAACACAUCUCAAAAGACAAAUGCCUAAACGCCCCUGCUCCGUUCUCAUCUGCCCAGACAACGAAACCGUCUUGAGCGCAGACAAGUUCGGCGAUGUCUAUUCCCUACCACUGAUCCCAUCGGAAACCUCAGAAUCCUCCGACGCUGCGGCCCAGCCCAAGGUCGCCUCCGAGGCGGCCUCCGCGGCUCCGAAACCCUUCACGCCCGAAGCGAACUCCUUCACCGUGCACUCCAAGAGCAACCUCCGCGCUCUUCAGAGUCAAUUGCGCGAGCAGCAAAAGUCGAAGCGCGACGUUACCAAGGAGCAGCCAACGUUUGAGCACACACUCCAGAUCGGCCACGUCUCCAUGCUCACUGCUCUGACACUUGCAUCCAAGGGGUCUCGCCGGUAUAUCAUCACGGCGGACCGCGACGAGCACAUCCGCGUCUCACGCUUCAUGCCGCACGCUCACGUCAUUGAGGGCUUCUGUCUCGGUCACGCCAACUUCAUCAGUGCACUCACGCUGCCGAGUCUGGACGUCUUGGUCUCGGGAGGUGGCGACAGCGAGCUGUUCGCCUGGGACUGGGAGAAUGGCAAGGUCUUGUCCAAAUUCGAUGUCUUGGGGCAAGUUCAGCAAACCGACAAGGACACCACCAAGGUCGCUGUCGCCCAGCUUCUCUCGGCCACUGUCACGGAGAACGGCUUGCAGGUGCCUAUCGUUCUAGUAGUAUGCGAGAGGUUCGUCAAUUGUGUGUCUGACGGUGAUUUGAUCAUGGCUAAAUCAGUAUCUAGCGUAUCUGCCAUUCUCGUCCUCCGCUUGGCCGAAGACAACAUCCUUUCACACGUUCAAACCAUCUCGCUCCCGGGAAAUCCACUUUACGUGGCACCGAUUGUUACCGGAAACUCGAUGACAAGCAUAUUGGUCACAAUCGACCCGGCAGAGAACGAUACCGCACCUAAUGGAAUCGUCUCUUUCAGAUGGACUGGUGCCGCCUUCUCGUCCCAAGACUUGGGAAUUCAGGAUGCAGGCGUGAGUGAGGGGGAAUUUGACAUGUCUCAUGAGCAGGUGAGGAAGCUACUGUACAACACCGAAGAUUUGCGCAAGCGAGGCGAUGACGAGCAAGCCGAUGAGGAAGAGGGCGAUGAACAGGCGCAGGCAGAGGGAGAGCAUGCGUCGAAAGAGCCGAUGCAAGAAGAUGCGUCAUAA